AGAGGUCAUUGCAUACCAAUUUUACGCUUGUAAAUCAAUUUAUUUUUACCGUACACUUUUAGCCUUAAACAAAAUUGUUGUCUUGUUAAAUAAAAUCAGUGUAACGAGUAGAUUUUUAUGAAAAAUGGAAAAAUUAAAAGUUCAUGAUCUUAUUGCCGAUCCUACUUAUAUACGUUAUGAAUUAUUAACUGUGAUUUGGAUAUUAUAUUUAUGGGAACUUUAUUUAAGUAUAAGACAAAGACAAUUAAUGCAAAAUUUAUCAUCUUUGCCUAAAUCUUUGGAAGGUUUAAUGUCUGAAGAGUUAUACCAGAAAGCUAGACUGUAUGCUUUGGAUAAAAAUGGUUUCGGAAACCUUCAUGAUUUUUACUCAACAGUAAUAAAUACGAUUCUAGUACUUAGUUUUGUAUUUUAUUAUUACUGGCAAUGGAGCAUCAUGCUAAUGGAAAAAUUUGGGAUUGAUAAAUCUAACGACAUUGUAGCUAGUGGAGUGUGUUUAAUCAUUAUGAACACAGUUCUUACGGUUAUUGAUUUUCCAUUCAAAAUUUAUAAUAUUUUUAUUCUCGAGGAAAAACAUGGAUUUAACAAACAGACUGUUCGUUUCUUUAUUAGAGAUCAACUCUUAAAGUAUUUGAUCUCACAACUUAUUGGGCCACCAUUGCUUUGUGGUUUAAUUUGGAUUGUGAAAAAUGGAGGAGACUACUUCUUUCUAUAUGUUUGGUUAUUUACUGUCGUAGUAACAUUAUUCAUGUCAAUUAUUUAUCCCGAAGUAAUUGCUCCACUUUUUGAUAAAUAUUCUCCGUUGCCUGAAGGAGAAUUAAAACAAAAAAUUGAAGCAUUGGCAUCGUCGUUAAAUUUCCCUCUAUAUAAAUUAUAUAUAGUUGAAGGCUCUAAGAGAUCAUCUCACAGUAAUGCCUACAUGUACGGGUUUUAUAAGCACAAAAGGAUUGUUCUUUUUGAUACUUUAGUUAAAGAAUAUUAUCCUAAUAAAAAUAAUGAAAAUAAUGAAGAGUAUGGUUGUGACAUGGAUGAAGUUCUUGCAAUAUUAGUUCAUGAACUAGGCCACUGGCAGUACAGCCAUACUUUGAAAGGAUUAGCAUUAGCACAGAUUAAUUUUGUGAUGAACUUUAUUCCAUUUGCCAAGUUAUUAAAUUAUGGACCAAUAUAUGAAGCGUUCGGCUUUAGUGCAGACAAUCAGCCAAUUUUUAUUGGGUUGAUUAUCGUAAUAAUGUACAUUUUAACUCCUCUUAAUACGCUAUUCGGUUUCUUCAUGACUGUGAAUUCACGUCGAUUCGAGUUUCAAGCUGAUGCAUUCGGGAAGAAACUUGGCCAUGGUCCAGCUUUGAAGCGAGCGUUAAUUAAGCUACACAAGGAUAAUUUAUCUUAUCCUUUGUAUGACAAGCUCUAUUCAGGCUGGCAUCACAGUCACCCACCAUUAUUAGAACGUCUUGAAGCGUUAGAUAAAGUUGAUUAAAAACAUAAUAAGUGAGUUAAUACUCUUCCAUAAGGGUAAGAUAUUUUUCGUUUGUGUGACAUAACUUAAAUCAGCCAUUUUUUCAAUUACUCAUUAUCUUUUUCAUGAUCAUUUUCAUUAAUAUCAUGAUUUUUUUCAUAAAUCUUUAGCUGAUUUAAUAAUUUCUUAACAUGGCUUAUUAUUCACGUUUGAUUAUAGUGUUAAUGGUUUUCUGUCGACAACUUUUAUUAUAAUAUACAAUGUAUGAUUUUGUCAAUUAUUGUUACAUUUGACUGACAUAAAACUUUCAAUAUCAUAAUUUUACCAACAAAAAGCCAAAGAAAGUUUUACAUGUAAUUUUUUGUUUGAAUUUGAUUAACCUAUUUCGGCUUUGCUUUAUUAAUUAAAAAUUUGUCAACAAUUAUACAAUUCCAUUCCUAAAAUAAGUGUCAAUAAAAUACUUUUCACUGCUAUUUUGUAUAUAUAUUGUUUGAUAAUUCUUCAAAAUAUUAAACUCUUAAUAGAGUUUCAGUAAUAGCGUUAAUCCAAAUAACUACGCCAAAUGCACCUGCAUCAACAUCUUUAAAGAAUUGUAAUUGUUUAACAUAUGCAGCCCUGCCGGCUCUAUAUAAAAUGAUUUUUCACAUAAAUGAAUAAAGUAAUAAUUAUUAAUCUAU